CCUUCCCUUCCUUCCUCUCAAAAUCUCCAUUCCGCCAACCAAAAUGGGCUGCUUUGGGAACAGAAAGACUGAGGAGGAGCGCAAGGAAGAGAAGGAGCGGAGAGAGGCCCAUGAAAAGAUUGAGAAGCAACUGGAGAAGGACAAGCAAGUCUUUCAGGCCACGCACCGUCUCCUCUUGAUGGGCCUUGAGGGAUCUGGCAAAAACACCGUGCUCAAACAAAUGAAAAUCUUGCAUGGGGAUGGAUUUAGUGCCGAGGAGAGGAAAAUGAGAACCCAGGACAUCAAAAACAAUAUUAUGGAAGCUAUAGAGACAAUAGUCAGAGCCAUGGGGGACCUGCAACCUCCAGUGGAGCUAGCAAACCCAGGGAACCAGUUCCGCAUUGACUAUAUUUUGAAUGUAUCCAGCCAGCCAGAUUUCGACUUCCCACCCGAGUUCUACGAACAUACGAAAGCACUUUGGCAGGACGAAGGGGUGAAAGCUUGCUUUGAGCGUUCGCACGAGUAUCGCUUGAUUGGUUGUGCACAGUAUUUUCUAGACAAGCUGGACAUUGUCAAGCAAGAAGGAUAUACACCAUCCGACCAGGAUCUUCUCCGAUGCAAAUUUCAGACAUUUGGGAUCCCUGAAGCCAAGGUUCAAGUGGGCAAAGUAUAUUUGCAUCUUUACAUUCAGAGAUUUGUUGAUGAGCGCCGAAAGUGGAUUCAGUUUUUUGAUAAUUUGACAGCUGUUCUCUUCAUGGUGGACAGCAGUAGCUACAACUUACGGACUUUGCCGUGGGAUAACAAGGGUGUCAAGCUUCAGGAGGAAUUACAGGUACUCCAAAAAGUCUUGUGGAGCCCACGGUUGAGGAUGCUUUUCAGUCCUGGGCUGCAGACCUUGUCGUUCAUUGUUUUCCUGAACAAACAGGAUUUGCUAGCAGAGAAAGUCUUGGCAGGGAAACAUAAACUGGAAGACUACUUUCCACACUUUGCUCUCUAUACCACACCCGACGACGCAAUGCCGGAGCCUGGUGAGAAUCGUCAAGUUACGAGGGCCAAGUAUUUUAUCAGAGAUGAACUUCUUAGAGGGUGUUUUCAUGACAAGCACUGCUUCUAUAUUCACUUUACAUGUGCUGUGGAUGCAGAAAACGUUCAGAGGGUUUUCAAUGAUUGUGGGGAUGUGAUUCAACGGAUACAGUUUGGCCAAUAUAAGUCCUUGUGAUGGAGGGCAUUCCUGUGUUUUGUAUUCCUUGUUAAGAAAAGAAAAAAGAGAACCCUUGCCCACAUAAAGUGGAAGAGAACAAUGGCAACCUCCCUCUUAUUUGCACUCCUGAACUUUUCCUCCUUCCUGGACAAAGAGCACCAUUUCAAAGCUUCAAACCAUUGUAAUGUCAAAGGCCAUCUUUGCAAGGAGCAGGAGUCUCGGGCAGAGAGAACCAAGAGGAAGAAGAAGUCAAGAGGUCUGCAGCAGCUGAAUGACUUAAUAUGGGAGAGAUGUCUGCAGUUCGGGAUGACCAAAAAAGGCAAGAGACAGAUGAAGAAGAGCAGAGCAGUGAAUC